CUGGGGCAGCAGCAUCCCUAGCAGGGCAGCAGCAUCCCUAGUAGGGCAGCAGCAUCCCUAGCAGGGCAGCUGACCGCAACCUCUUCCAGUUGCCCGGAAACAUCCGCGGGCUGGAGACUUAGUCCCCUGCUGCCUAGAUCUCUCCGGACACUAGGAAGUCCUCGGCUUUGGAGAGAGGAAAGGGUACCGGCUAGUGGGAGGGGGCAAAGCAAGCGCAGGGACCAGCAAAAGGCUCUCUUCUGCGGCUCUUGGCUGACAGCCUUACCCCGCAGAGAAGCGCUCCGCCGCUUUCCCCCUUGCCCCAGCGGCCGGUGAAAGCCCCCGCCGGCAGCACCAGUCUGCCUGAAGUCUGGGAGCGCCCAGCCCCUCGCCGCUCUUCCUUAUGGGGAUCCGAGAGUUUCCAAACGGCGCACCCAGGGGCAAAACCAUCUCGAUUGGCAUGAGGAGGUCACCGGAUGUCAGCCCCCGGAGGCUAUCGGACAUCAGCCCCCAGCUCAGACAACUCAAGUACUUGGUGGUAGACGAAGCGAUCAAAGAGGAUUUGAAAUGGUCCCGAUCCGUGGAGGAUCUCACAAGCGCAUCAGUGGGGCUCACAUCUAUAGAAGAGCGGAUCCUGCGCAUCACUGGCUACUACGGCUACCAGCCGUGGGCAGCCAGCUACAAAAGGGAUGAGCGCCCUCGGGACUCUCCAGCCCCAACAGAGACUCAAAUGCCAGCUGGAGUGGAGACUGGAGGGAGAGCCAGCCAUUGCUGUUGGAAAUGCUCUAGAGAGCAGCUCAAGAAGUUUUUCUGGGGUGUGGCAGUGGUUUUGUGCAUCUGUUCUUCAUGGGCAGGUUCCACACAACUCGCUAAGCUGACCUUCAAGAAAUUUGAUGCCCCUUUUACCCUGACAUGGUUUGCCACCAACUGGAACUUUUUAUUCUUUCCUUUAUACUACAUCGGGCAUGUUUGCAAAUCUGCAGAGAAACAGUCUUUAAAACAAAGAUACAGAGAAUGCUGUCGAUUUUUUGGAGAUAAUGGCUUGACAGUGAAGGUGUUUUUUACCAAGGCAGCUCCCUUUGGCGUUCUUUGGACACUCACAAACUACCUAUACUUACAUGCAAUAAAGAAAAUAAAUACUACAGAUGUCUCCGUGUUGUUCUGCUGCAACAAAGCCUUUGUGUUCUUGCUCUCGUGGAUCGUUCUCAGAGACAGGUUCAUGGGAGUGAGGAUUGUGGCUGCCAUUCUUGCAAUUGCCGGGAUCGUGAUGAUGACUUAUGCAGAUGGAUUCCAUAACCACUCUGUGAUAGGAAUAGCAUUGGUGGUGGGGUCAGCUUCAAUGUCUGCUCUUUAUAAGGUUUUGUUCAAACUUCUCCUAGGCAGUGCUAAAUUUGGAGAAGCGGCCCUUUUUUUGUCCAUAUUGGGUGUAUUCAAUAUCCUUUUCAUCACCUGUAUUCCUAUCAUUCUUUACUUCACCAAAGUGGAAUAUUGGAACUCUUUCGAUGACAUUCCAUGGGGAAACCUUUGUGGAUUCUCAGUUCUCUUAUUGACAUUCAAUAUUGUAUUAAAUUUUGGAAUUGCUGUUACAUAUCCCACUUUGAUGUCACUUGGAGUUGUACUAAGUGUACCUGUGAAUGCAGUGGUAGAUCACUACACAAGCCAAAUUGUCUUCAAUGGAGUUCGGGUCAUCGCCAUCGUUAUCAUUGGCCUGGGCUUUCUCCUACUGCUAUUACCAGAAGAAUGGGAUGUAUGGUUGAUCAAAUUGCUCAUGCGCCUCAAAGUAAGGAAGAAGGAGGAGACAGCCGAAGGCAAUGGAGACAUAGGUUCUGGACUGCAGACCAAACAUAGAAGAACCCGCCCAUCCUUUGCGCGUUAAUGUCACUCGCUCAUGAGGUAGUGGUAACAAACAUCUUAUUUAAGGUUCAAAGGUCUUAUCUUGCAAAAGGGCACAUAUGUCCAAUGUGGUGUACAUAAGUGUACAGUUUUGGUAUCUUAAAGUAAGUCACCCGGUAUUUAAGGGCAUGUCCAAUUUGCUUGCACUUUUUUUCACAUCAGACCUUUCACUUAAGAAUACCACUUGCAUAUGGAGGAAAAAAGAAAAAGGGAAAAAAAAAAAAAAAAAAACAAGAACCUCUCAGCUCUUUUAAAAUGAAUGUAACAUUAAGAUUAUCUUUGUAUCGAUUGUUUGAGCAACUGGUUUUCACGACAAGCCGGGACAGCCAUUUUGAAUCUUAGCAACUGAAUAUAUUACAUUACACACUGUGACUUUUUUUUUAAGCUAGAAUAAGUCAUACUUUGUUUUAUACCAGAGCUCUACUCUUAAUUUUAUGGAGUUUCAAUGAACCAAAAGAAAAUUGAAAGUUUGUUUUGGUUGGAAUAUAGGAUGUGGGGAAGAGAAAAUAGGAAGGAUGAUAUGAGUUGGACUAUCAGCUGUGUCUGGUCUGGAAAGAGAAGUCAGUUUAGAAAAGAAAGGCUCUGCAUGAGGGAAAUUGUGAAAGAAAGCUAUCAGAGCCUCAGCUGGUCUUUUUCUGCAUGUGUCCAUUUAAGAUCAUGCAAAAGAACUUACAGUGCCUUCUAAAGAAUUUUCAUCUUUACCUUUGUGCAGCCACGUGACAUUAUAAGUCACCAGGCACCAUCUUAUAAUGUAGAUGUAGGGAUCUUUAAAAAUAAAUUCUAUUAUAAAUACACAUAUAAAUAUAUAAAACCACAAAGCUGAUGACCAGUUAUAUAUGUACAUAUAUAUAUAUAUAAAUAUAGGAACACUGUUUGUGAUGUAUAAUAUGAUUAAAAGGUAGACUAAGAGAAGGUGAAUUGCUGGUUGCUUUGACUUCAUGGUCAGAUAUUUUAAAAAUGAUUUACUGAAAAUGUAAACCUUUUUAUGAAACUUUUAAGCAACAGGCUGUUUACUUAUAUAAUUUAGGUCUACCAGAAAAUUCUAUCCGUGAUAGAUCUGUAAAGAAGAAAAGGGGUGGGGUUAUAGUUUACUAUUUUUGAAGUUUACAUUGUUACAUAUGAAAUGGAAACAUUAUUUUGAAAUGUUGUCAUAACCCAAUGGUGCAUUCUGUAACCAUGGAGUUCUUUGUUUCAUGGGAAAAGGGGCAUUCAUGAAUUGAACUUUUUAGCAAAUUAAUACUCAGAGUCCAUUACCUGUUUGGUUAAACAGAUGAAUAAAAGAAAAAAUUGGAAAAAGUUAGUGACCCACUCUUUUUAUUCGUCAUUCCAUUUGUAAAGUUUCUUUUUUAUGGUCCUAGAUUAAAUAUUUUCUAUAGCUCUCUUUCUCUCAUAAUUUCAUGUACACAAAUACAUAUUCAUACCUCUCCCCCAGAAAAUUCCCUCUCUUUCACUGCAUUGGGGAUCAAAAAGACAUCCCAUGAGUCAAAUAUACUACAUAUCUGUCAGCUCUGUCUGAUUUUUAAAAAACUGUAAAAUCCAAUUCUCUUAAACCAGAUCAUUCAAGACUUCUAGACUAUAGCUUUGAAUUUUUAUGCUUGCUUUAAAACAUGAGAUUAUGAAAGAUGAGAAUUUUAAAUGGGUAAAACUCUCUAAAUUCUUUUUCAUGACAUAAUGAAUCUGUGCUUGUCAUAAGAACUCUGGUGUCCUCUAUAAAGAGGACAUAGACAAGUUAAAUGUAUCUUGUUUCUUCAAAUUAUAACUCAUUUAAUCUCCAGGACUCAUUGUAAUCUAAAACAAGAGAAAACCAAUAGGAACUGCCAACCUUUGAUCACUUCUCCACCAAGGCAUGGGAUAAAUGUUUGUUAUAAAAUAAUGAGUUUCAAUUUCUUUAUAUCUGAAGAAAUGUUUAUAUUCUUCAGAUGCUUGGGAAGAUAGCUGACAAAAAAAAAAAGAAAAGAAAGAUUUGGUUUGAGGCAAUCUCAAUUUCCUUUAAAAAUCAAAAUAACUUCUAGGUACAUGAGCAUUCAAUGAGGCCCCUGAACACUGCUGAGACAAGAGCAAAGGAGAGCAUUAUAAAGAGAUGUUUUAAAGACUAGAGUAGAGAUAUUGAGGAUAUUCACAUCUUCUAGCCCCCAAAAUUUUAGUAAAGAAUGAUACAAAGUCUUUUUCUGACUAUGAAGGGAGGAGAAUAGGUAAGAAAUUCAGACUUUAAAUGUUUCAAAGGGCAUUUCCUUCAGACAAAAAGAAAUUAAAAUUCUCUAUUAUGAGAAUCAGAAAGAUUUGAAAUAAUCCUUAUGAGAAAUUCACUAUGGAGUAAAAGGACUAUCAAGCAACAGUGAAGUUCUAAUUUAUGUUACAUAGCAUGCAUAUGCCCAUUAUAAUAAAAUAAAUUUUUCUCCAUGUAGAAUGCAAUUUCCAACUUAUUUGGAAAUUCCCUUUCUCUCUCUCCUACGUGAUAGGAUCAGGUCAGUUGGAUAUGGAGGGGAUUGAUGUGAAUGAUCCAUUUAUUGGGAGUAAAAAUUCCUUUUCUAUCAUUCCACAUCAUGUAGAAUACUAUAGUGACUUCUUAACAGAUCCCUGCUUUCAAUAUCUCCCUUCUCCAAUUCAUUUUCCACACAACUGCUAAAAUGAAUGUCAAUAGUGUAGAUUUAAUUCUGUGAAUCCCUGGUUCAAUAUGCAAUGGCUCCUUCUUACCCCUGUAAUAAAAGACAGACUACUCUUUAUGGAAGUUGAAGCCCAGCACAAUCUGGCUUCAGCCUUCUAUUCCUGCCCAAUUUACUUAAUUUAAUUGUACAUUACUCUUUCAUUAUAAAACUGAGCCAUUUUAGCCUUCUUGCUGUUUCUCACACAUCACACUCCAUCUUUCAUCAUUAAGCCUUUGCAAAAGCUGACCCUAGACUUGGAAUGCCCUUUCUUCUCAGCACUGCCUUUGAGAAUCCCUGGUUUUCUUCAAAAUUCCAUUUAAAUAUUACUUCUACAAGAGCCUUGCCUGAUGUCCUCUACUGCUAGUGCCUUCCCACCAAAAUUAACUUGUAUUUAUUUCAUACAGACUUAUUUGUGCUUAUGUCAUUUCCUCAAUAGAAUGUGAGCCUUUACAGAGCAAGGACAGUUUCAUUUUGGUUUUGUAUCACCCAUGCCUAGUAUAGUUAGUAAUCUCCUAAUAAAUGUUUAUUGUUGUUAAUGAUGAUACAGACAAUGAUUAUUGAUGACUGGUUCCACUAUCCUGAUUUACUACUAUCUUCAAGGAUCUUCUUUGACAGCUGGAACCUCAACUUGUUCACUGCUGAAGUUUUUGGUUUUUUAGGAAGAAUUGAAAAACCAGAAAACAGAAUAGAAAACUAAUCUGAGAUUCACCAUAGCCACCAACUUGACAAGUUAUUAAAUCUCACUCUUAGUGUCUUCAUCCAUUGAAAUUCCUAAUGUUCAACUGAGAAAUGUGAUGGCUAUUUACCUGCAUUGGAACUACAUAGAAGAAGAGCCUAUAUCAAGUAGAAAAAGUCCAGACUAUAGAAUACUUUUUUCCCCUGAGGUAAUUGGGGUUAAGUGACUUGCCCAGGGUCAAGCAGCUAUGAAGUAUUAAAUUCCUGAGCUCAUAUUUGAACUCAGGUCCUCCUAACUUCAGGGCUAGUAGUGCUCUAUUCACUACACCACCUAGCUGCUCCACUAGAAUAUUUUUUAAAAAUAAAUGAUGUUUUAUGACUCACAAGUAAUAAAAUCCAAAUAAUAUCACAUUGGCAGAGUUCCUUGGGAAAGGGGUUUAUAAUUAGAAAAAUUAAUUCUUGCUAAAGAAAAAGUAUAGUAAGCAUUGUAAGGGGCCAAAAAAGCAGAUUCUUUUAAGUAAUUUUAAAGACUAACAUUAUCUCUUUGUCAUUCUCUCAGCAAAGAUUUAUUAUUCAUUUUAUGCCUCAGACUCUUUCUUCAUAAUGGUACCUGUCCAAGUUAUAAAAAAUCUAAAUUCCUAAGUUUUAUUUUUUAAUUAUAGUUAUCUAUAUUCUGCCCUUUAAUUCAAACCAAGGUGAUUUUAGAACCACAGUGAUUCGGAAUGGUUUAUGUGGGAUUUUUUCUCUAAUUCAAAGUAGACUUUCUUGUAUCCUUCACCUAAUAAAAUAAAUUUCAAUGUUUUCCAGAAA